AUGACGGACACGUCAAAGAAAAGCUUACUGGACCUCCAAAAGGUCGAAGGGAACAUGACAUGUGUCGACUGUGGUGCCCAUUAUCCAGCUUGGGCGUCUCCGUCGUUUGGUAUAUUCUUCUGUCUAGAUUGCUCUGGUCAGCAUCGUGGUCUAGGAGUACAUAUAUCUUUUGUCAGAUCUGUGACUAUGGACCGAUGGAGUGAAGAUCAAGUUGCUAGAAUGAGAAGUGGUGGCAACAAGAAAUGCCUCGACUUUUUUCGAUCGCAAUCAGAUUACCGUCCCGAAAUGAGCAUAUCGGAGAAAUACCAAACAGAAUUCGCCAAAAUAUACAAGGACAAACUUACAGCCGCUUGUGAAGGUCGUCCAUGGAGUAUGCCUCCUCGGACAACGAUGGCUGGAUCAAGCCCUGCACGGACUGGUUCGCCGGCACGUUCGCGUGAUGAUUUGUCACGAAACAAUAAUAGCAGUCGAGAGAUGGGUAGAUCGGGCAGUCAGGGUUCUAUGAAUAAUGGAAAUGGGAAUAGUUAUAGUGGUAGUGGGAAUAGUUACGGUGGGAAUGGAGGUAGAGAUAGUCCUAGAAACAAUAAUAGUGGUGGUGGUAUGAUGCCGUCAAAAGAACAGAAUGAGGAUUAUUUCCAGAGGAUGGGGAAUGCUAAUUCUGGGCGACGAGAUGAUGUGCCACCAAGUCAAGGUGGCAAGUAUGUUGGAUUUGGAAGUCAGGCAUAUCAACCACAAUCAGCAUCAGCCUCCAAAACACCGAACGUAGAUGAUUUGUUAGCUGAUCCAGUAGCAACACUGUCAAAAGGAUGGUCCAUGUUUGCCGCAUCGGCUGCUGUGGCAGCGACGGUUGUUAGCGCUAAAGUUUCAGAAGGAGCAAAGGUAGCCAUGACCGAGGGUAGCAAAUACGGAAACAUUGCUCUUACUGAAGGCUCGAAAUUGGCCAAGAAGGUUACUGAAGAGGGUUCUAAAUACACUUCCCAUGUUCAGACCUUGGUUUCUGGGUCUCAGAAGAGUGGCAUAUUUGGACCAACCUCACCAGAAUCAACACGCUCACCAGACAAUUACUAUGACCAAGGAUAUCAACAACAGCAGGACUAUAAUGACUCUUCUAGCUAUGGAGGCAGCAAUACUACUGCUGGUCGAUGGGACAAUCAAGACGAGUGGAAUCAGACACAAGCGCCAGCUCCAGCCAUUACGAAACAAAAACAGCCGCCAGAGCCUGAUCUUCUCAGCUUUGAUGAUAAACCUAGUGUUAGUACUAUUCGAUCUAGUGAUAACAACUCGACGUCGUAUGGCAGUACAAGGAACAGUCCUAGCACGACAUCGAGCAAACCCAGUAGGGCGCCGGCCGCCAAGAAGACUGAUGGGUGGGAUGAAUGGAAUGAUGAUUUUUAA